CUUCCAUCUACCCCCACACCCGAGGGGGAUGCUAGCAGGCUGCCUGAUGAUGUAAUCAAAUCUCUCCGCACUCACUCUCAUUCAGAGCUGGUGGACGGAGCUUUAAGCAGCAAGAGAGCGCCAUUGGUUUGGGUGAUGUCAUCCGUCGUUCCGUGAUAAGAGUUUUGGAGGCAAUCAGACGCGAGUCCCAGGAAGCCCGACUCGGCGCUUCUGCCGGGGCUGCUGUGUGAGGAAACAAGAGGAACUGACCUGUCGUCCUUCUCUCCUUCUUCAGUUGAGGAUUACACACAGACUGAUGCGGGAAGAACCGAUUGCACCAGCAUCAACCAUUUUCAAACCGACCUUUACCUUGCUAGUUUUCUGGCUUGUCAGCUAUCUAUGCGAGUUAUUUAGCAAGCUAUAUUUCAUGUUGACGUUUAGCAGAGGGCAUCCGCUGUUGAACCCGUUAACUGAGGAGGGUGCCGUUAGUUAGCCAGCUGCCUUUCUAGAUGUAAUCUAUUAGAUAUUGAUAUAUUCGCUAGAUAGCAAUAUCUGUUCAUUUUCUCCACAUGUAAUCAUAUUCAUAGCGAACUCGCUGGAAUCCUAGCUAGUAAUAACGAGCUUGCUUGCCUGAGCUAAGUGCCUGCAGUCAACCGUAUACGACGGUUGUACGAGUGGUUCCGCGUGUCCUCGGGUCGUGAAGUAUUCCUGCGAGUGACAUUUCAAUGAUUUUCUUUAUACGCAUCUCAUGGCCGUUGUUAGCUCACGUUAGCUUGCAAGCAAGGCAGUUUUCUUUGCGCUCUGCAAAACAAUAGCUAGUUUCCGCUUAUCGUUCAAACCUCUUCUUAUUUUGCUAGCAGCCGAACAUUACUGUUCUUGUAUUGUCCGCUGGUUAGCCACUUAGUUAACGGUAGAGUAGCUAUCUAGCUAACAUACCAACACGUUAACACUGUCCGAUAUGGGAUGCGCUGUAACGGGAACAGGUGAAUUCGAACCUCUGUUUGAUAAAACGAAUCGCGACGUGUUCGUUAGCCGGCAUCCUAAACUAACUGAACAACAUAACUAACUUAAAUAACAACAGUGGUGUUUUGUACUUAAUUUCAUCUUCAACGUCAACUUGCUAGCUUAUAUACUGUUAAUAUAUGGAGGCCAAUAUGUGCCUGUUGUCUGCUAGGAAACCAAUUAUUUAGACUAUCUAGCCUGCUAGCUGGAUGGCUAGCUACUGAAUCGAUGUCCUACUGCCUCCCCUUGAAUGAUCUACCUCUGGAAUUUUGUUGCUUUUUCAACCGUAGAAAGCCUUUCACGGUGAAUGACCAAGAUCGUCGACUUACUUGUUUCAUGUUACGGGAGAAUGACAAAACGGAGGAUUAAGUUGCAUUGUAUUUUUUUCUCAUUCGUGAACCCACGUUGAUUAUACAUUGAGGGGAAUGUGGAAGAACUCCCAUCGUACCCUUUGAGUGCUGUAUCAAAUCGGCGGAGUAAACCUGGAAAAGCAGAGCUGAAAUCAGUCUUCUAUGUUUAUUUAUUACGGACUUCAAACAGAAUACCACUCUGCGUGCGCUCCUAGAGCACGAGAGCUCGAAGUGCUGCUAUUCCCAGAGCAAUAAGGGCAAUAGAAGGGACUGGACACUGGCCUUUCGAUCUCAGGACUAAAACCAUGGCCAAUGAACCUGUCAUCCUUAACGUUUAUGAUAUGUACUGGAUCAACGAGUACACCUCCACUCUGGGUAUUGGAGUCUUCCACUCAGGCAUCGAGAUCUACGGCAGAGAGUUUGCAUACGGGGGUCAUCCGUACCCUUUCAGUGGAAUCUUCGAGAUCACCCCUGGCAACGCCGCUGAGCUGGGGGAAACCUUCAAAUUCAAGGAGGCCAUCGCCUUGGGCACCACAGACUUCACGGAGGAAGACGUGGACAAAAUCAUGGAGGAGCUGGGGAAGGAGUUCAAGGGAAACGCCUAUCACCUGAUGCACAAGAACUGCAACCACUUCUCCUCCUCGCUCUCCGAGCUGCUGUGCGGGCGGGAGAUCCCGCGCUGGGUGAACCGGCUGGCCUACUUCAGCUCCUGCAUCCCCUUCCUGCAGAGCUGCCUGCCCAAGGAGUGGCUCACCCCCGCGGCCCUGCAGAGCCACAUCAGCCUGGGCCUCCACAAGGAGGAGCAGGAGGAGUCCAGCGACGAGGAGUCCCCCUCCUCCGCGGGAGCCACCGGCGGCCCGGGAUCCUCGCACAGCUGCCGCCACACGCGGGUCUGAGCCGCCGCGCUGCGGACUCCCCCCCCGCCUUCUGGACCCAGACACCUUUCAGGGGACACAGCGCCACCGCUAGGCUUGGAUGACCCCUUGGAUGAAACCUUGUGCCCGAAAAUGAAGAGGCAGGAACAGGCACCUCAGAAUAUCCCAGGGACACCCUCCACACCGCCCUUUAAAACUUCUGCUCUAUCUCUACUUAUGAAAACAUAAAUAAAAAACUUCACAGAAGUGUUUAGACUUUUGAUCUUCCUCCUACCUGCAGAGGAAAGUUUCAAAGUCAUUUUUCGUUUUCUGUUUUUUAAAAGAGUUGCCAAGCGAGUGAUGGACAGCACAGACUGACCACUGUUGAGUCCCUCUUCUUGGAUUUUGUUUUUUUUUGUCAUGGAACUUCUUUGUAACCUCAGUCAGCCUUCCCUCUCCCCAUUUUUCAAAGUUGUCAGUGUAGUUUAGCUGGACGUCUGAUGCCCCUGGUAGUGAAGAUAGACAGAGACUGUAUUUGUUUCUGUUUAGAAGUACACGUUCAACAAAGAACUACAUUAUAAAAACUACAGAAUAAUGAACAUUGUCAUGGCUGUGCCUUGUCUUUUAAUUGGGCAGGCUAGUAUUUUGGACUUUAGGUUUUGUGGGAGGGGUUGUUUUUAGCAAGGCUUUUAUUGUUUUCUCAAUUUGCAGAACUAAAAACAAAUGUGCCAAGCUUAUCUUAACAGUGACUUACUUUUAUAUUGGAAUGCAUUUAAUUGUAUUCCAAAUGAAACCCUCCGUUCAUGUUUCAAGUCCUUCAGAAUUGUGCAGUAUUUUUUUUCCCCCUCUACUCUUGUUGCUGUUUGUUGUGGGAUUUGAGCUUUUAUCGUUCAAAUCCGAACACAGCUUGAGCAAAGGCACGUCAACAGGUAGCUACAGGUGUGCGUCGAUCAGGUAUCUGUACAGGGUGAAACUACGAGAAGUGUACAGUUGGUAUCUGCUCCUGAGUAUAGUAAUUCAGGGGGGAAUACUGACGAGCAUACACCCACCAAACCACUUUCAAAUUUCCCCUGAGCUUUGGACUAAUGGGCUUUAGAGAUAACAAUGCCUUUGUGUUUUUUUUUUUUUCUUCUCUCCUUGAACACAAUGAUUGAAUUGAUGUGUGG